GUAGUGGUGACGGUGGUGGUGGUGGUGAAAAAAGAACAUGAUGUGACUUGUGUAUUUCCAAUGUUGUGUCAGUUGUAGUAUUGCCAAAAUGUGCUGCGACCACUGCUGACUGCGUGCCCGACACUAAUUAGGCAACUGUACACACUUGAUGCGUCCACGUGCAUAUACGUGCAGGUACAGUACGUGAGGCAAGGCCAGCACGUGCCCCAGCAACGGCACAUUUGCCUAAGCUGCCACUCCCGAGGCCUGGGACAAAACAGAUUCGCCGUGGUCCCAUCGCCCGGGUUUCCCAGCCUCAGGCCGUGUGCGGCAACACUGAUGCCACGCACACCCACACUGAAUUUACAGGCAGUUUCUGGGUAGGAGAGGCAUGUAGCUUUGUUCCUGCGGCGCCUUAACUCAUAAGAUUAAUAUUAUAGUGCAGGGAGGUGGUGGUGGCGAGGGAGCGGGACGCGACUCCUCGCAGCCACGCUGGGAGGUGUAACAGGUGCCUUGGCAGACUCACUGACUGGCUGAGUCAAGCGAGCAAUCACCGCGACGCUGAGUACCGAACUGUCACGUGUUGGUCCUCUGGGGUGAAGGAUGCGUCACGUGCCCGUCCUGCUGCUGCUGGUGCAGGACACAGGUUGCCGCUGAGGAGACCCAAGGGAUGAGCCGCCCUCAAGGCCGCGUCCCGAACAAUGUGACGGAGAAGAUAAGGCACAUCCUUAGAGGAGGGAAGAUGAGAGGAGCCUGUUACUGAGGAGCCACGGGAGGGCGGAGUGUGUGUGGGCGGCGAUGCCACCACUUGAUGCGUGACCCGCUAACAAGAGCCCCGUCCUGAACAACGCCCAGAGUGCAGGUGGCGCAUCUGCCGUUCCAACAUUCUGUGGCCUCCUCCCGCCCUCUGCCCACAGGUGACCCGCCCCUUGCGCCCUUCAGCGGAGACUUAGGGCGGAGGAAAACACUUAGCGUUUUUUAUGCACCCUGUGUUUAUUAAUUAAUCUAAAAACUGUAGGAGUAUCAGAUGUACAACAUGUCACAUAGGAGCCACUCUGUGGAGGCCUCCCUCGCAGGGACCGCCUGGUUGGUCAUUCUCCGCCACCACCACCACCACCACCACCACCACCACCACAACAACAACAACUACCACCACCACCAGGGCUUGCACUCAGUACAUCACUGCGGUGGCCGAGAAACUGAUGCGAUGCACUAGAGCACGAAAGAAAAGAGUGAACUUGACCUGUCAUCUGGGCGGGAAGAUGAGACAAGGCUGCAGAGGAGUGAGGAGAGAGGCUGGAAGCAGGAGGCGGAGCAGUUGUGCACUGGUGGAGGACGCGUUGCCAGUGACUUUCACACUCUGGUCGGGUGAGGGUGUGCACGCUGCCCGAACCUCCACGCCUCCACGUGCUGGCCGCGCCUCGUGCUUCAGCCUUCCCUGCACCUCGCGCCCCUCGCACCUGCACGACGCACGAACCAGUGGCCGCCUAUGUGAACUCCUAAGCUCCUCUGGAUAUUGAGGAAAUCGUAUGCACUGCUGGAAAAACAAAAUAAGGCGGGAUGCUGGUUGGGAUACGCAAGAAGCACUGGCUGAUGUUCUCUCUGUCCGUCACCUGCUUCCUCCUGCUGCUCGUCUUCACCUCCAAGCCGAUCCAGCUGCCCAGACUCCCAGCAGGUAAAGAAAUAGCAGGUGACGCGGAGAUCGGCUUCUUGCGGCGACACAUCACUCUUGACCACGGACAGGAGACAGCGGCGGCUAGCAGUCCCCCCGUCGCGCUUCCCCCGCCGCCCCCGCCCCUGCCCCCGGAGCCCCAGCUUGACCCCGCACAGGCCCUGCACAGGAACUCCGGUGCGGAACAACGACCCCCCGUAGCACCGCACCUGACUGAGCAGCAGCGCAAAGACCUGGCCAGCCUCGGGGUGCUGUUGGUGGAGGACGAGCAGCAGCAGCAACAGCAGCAGCAACAACAACAACAACAACAACAACGGGAUGACAAACAGCAACAGGAGCAGGAGCAGGUACAACCACGUCAGCUAACUGAGUACAACCCACAGAAACAGAAGCAGGAGCAGGAGCCACAGCAGCAGCAGCAACAACAACUACAGCAGCAACCGCAGCAGCAGCAGCAGCAGCAGCAGCAACAGGAACGGCAAGACCAGGAGCAGCAUAAGCAGCAACAGCAGCAACAACAAGAGCUGCCACAGUCAUCACCUCCACAGUCACCACCACCACCACCAUCACAACAACAACAACAACAACAACAACAACAACAACAAAAAUCACAACAGCAACCACCACCACCACAACCACAGCAACCACAAACACAACAACCACAAACACAACAACAACAACAACAACAACAACAACAACAACAACAACAACAACAACAACAGCAACCAACACCACAAUCACAACAACAGUCACAACAAGAGGAGGCACAUCCACUAUCACAACAACAGUUACAACAACCACAACAAUCACAACAACAAUCACAACAACAACCACAACCACCACCUCAACCACCACCACAACCACCACCACAACCACGACCACAGCCGCCCCGGGGCAGCAGGGAGAGGCGACCGCCCAAGCCCCGCCGCCCCGCCAGGCCCCGCGUCCCCGCGCGUCCCCGAGUCCCGCUGCCACCGCCCCACUCGGUCACGGCGCUGAGCGGCGGCAGCGAACACGAGCAGUGGCUGCGGCGCGUGGAGGCGCAGCACCAGGAGUUCCUGAAACAGCAGCAUCGCCUCAGCGAGCACCACCACCAGGAGACGCAGCGCCUAAAGCAGAGGCUCCGCCAGCAGGACUCUGAGCAGCAGACAGCCCGGGCUCCCAAGACUGGCAGCCGGGCCACGUGGUCCUUAGCGCGCUCCUCGGCCCCAAGGGUGACUUACGACAGCCUCAAGAGGCAGGGGGAGUCUGCCGUGCGCAGCGUGCUCAAGCGAGAGUUCGUCACCGUCCAGAGGGACACCAACUUCACCCCAGGGGAGGUGGUGGACCCCGCACAGGUGCGCAGAGUGCUGGUGCUGUCCACCUGGCGCAGCGGCUCCAGCUAUCUGGGGGACCUGCUGCGAGCCUACCCUGGCACCUUCUACAGCUUCGAGCCGCUGCAUCACCUGUUGAAGAAUCUUCACCUGGAGGAUGGCCCGCUGGUGCAGACUGCCCAGGACUUGCUCCGCUCCAUCCUCACGUGUGAUUACAGCCACAUGGACGAGUACAUCGCCUACCAGCGCAACGUUACCUUCCUGCUGCGUCACAACACGCGCCUGUGGAACUCGUGCGCGCUCAACCGCGCCCUCUGCUUCGACAAGGAGUACGUAUCGCGCGUGUGCAGCUUCAUGCCUGUCAACGUGCUCAAGACGGUGAGGAUGGGCGUGUCGCCCGUAAUCAAGCUGCUGGAGGACGAGGCGCUGGACCUGCGCGUGGUGCACCUGGUGAGGGACCCCCGCGGCUGCCUCCAUUCACGCAUGCAGCUGUCCUGGUGCCAGUCUCCAGCCUGUCGCGACCCGGCCACCGUCUGCCAGGACCUGCUCAAGGACCUCACCCAUUCCGAGCAGCUCAUGAAGAAGUACAGCGACAGGUACAUGAUGGUGCGCUACGAAGACAUGGGGCUCAAGCCGGAGGAGAAGGCGAAGGAAAUAUUCAAAUUCUUGGGUUUGUCGUACAACAAGUACGUGUCGACGUACGUGAAGGAACACACCACGCUGUACAAGAAGCCCAAGAAGAGAAAGGACGCGUACGGCACCUUCAGGGACUCCAAGGCCACCAUCUUCGCGUGGCGCGGCGCCCUGAACUACGAAGCGGUGAUGACCAUCCAGGACAAGUGUCAGGAGCCGCUGCAGCGCCUCGGCCUUCGCACCUUCGACAGCGAGGACGAGUACCUCAAUGCCACCAUGUCCGUCCUGCUGCACGAGUGAGCUCGCCUCGCAGCCGGUGUGCGUGCGCGCCUGCCCCCUCCCCACACACGGGCAGUGAGUGGAGGCGUGCACACCCGCAUACAGGCACGUGUCGUUGUGUGUAGGUUUGGUUUGAGCAAGUUAAGGUUGUUGCAAUGUUAGGGUGGCAGAAAGGUGACCCACUACGCCUGGUGUCUUAAUUACCGCGUGGAGAGCCCCCUGCUGGUCACGCUGGUGGUCUGCAUGGCUCCUGAUGUGCCAUAGACACCCCAGAAAGCCACCGAGGCACCAAGCACGUGUUACCGAGUUUGAAUGCACCGGAAACACAUAAAAAAUAAAAGAACACUACAUAAAAAAAACUCCGUGACGCACAAACUAUUAAAUGAUGUGAAAACCUGUGAUGGUCUGAGUGAGUAGUGCCGGAGUGAAGGGUUCCCCGCGCCGCCACCCUCCACCUGCCUGUGUGGGGCUUGGGGUGGCGGUGGCGGUGGCGGUGGGCGGGGGCUGCACGCGCCUUGCCGUUUGUGUCUGCACCUGUUUUUAGUUCCUAAUGGAGAAAAUAUUUUGCAUCUUUAUGUGGGAAAUUGUGAGGAAAACCCUAGUUAAGUACUGAUUGUUGCGUGAAUUGCUGCCUGAUUUAUUUAUUGUGUGUGUGUGUGUGUGUGUGUGUGUGUGUGUGUGUGUGUGUGUGUGUAUGUGUGUGUGUGUGUGUGUGUGUGUGUGUGUGCCCGCGCGUGUGUGCUGAAUGUAUUCCUUAAAAAUGUGGAGUGAUUUAAUUAGUGUAUAACUUUC